AUGAGCAAGGAAAAAAUAGCGAAUGAAAGCAAAAAUCGUCGGAGUCGAGUAAAUGCAUACAAACAGAAAACUUUGCUUCACUUAGUUGCACAAUCCCACAAACGUAUAGAAUCUCAAAAAGCAAAGUUAGUCACAACGAUUGCAAAGAAAAAGCGGAGAGAAAGUUUUGUACUGCUGUGCAAAAACUUCAGCUUUCAAAAUGAGAAAAUGAAUUCGAUGGUGGAAAAAAGAAAUCAGCAUCAUUGCAUGCAUUUAGUUUGCCAAAUAAAUAAAUGCAAAAUUCUUCUUAUAACAAAUUCCGGAUUAAGUAUAAGUGACAUCACUUAUAAACGUCCACAACAAUUCGAAAUGAAAUUCUAG